UACCACCAAAAUGACUAAAGUUUUUUCUACCUUUCCCGUGUACCCAUUUCCCCUUACCCAUUUCUUCAAUCUUUCUUCAAUCUUUCUCUUCCUGGUCUCUCUCGGUCUUUCCCGUAGGCUAGUAGCUCUCUUGGUCUCUCACUCCCCUUCACGAAAGACAAAUCCUGAGAAGGGCUUCACCACAUUCGAGUCAAGGGUUUCUCUGAUUCAUGAUGAAAUUACUACAGUUCGAUCUGAUUUAGAAGCACUGAAGGUAUCGAGCAAGACUCUUACUGAUAGUUUUCUUGUUCUUGGUAAUUACGAGAAGAUUAAGAAUUCUUUUCCGUAUUUAAGACUUAUUUUUUCUAUAUUUCUUGUGAUGAAAUAUGCACAAGAGCAAUCAGGUUCUUCAGGCUCCUUUCACACUUGCAAGCAAGAAAGUUUAAUUGGUCAAGCAAUAGAUUCAUGCUGUGUUGACGAAACUAGAAGUGCUGGAUCUAUCGGUAAUAAAGUUCAGCAGAGCGAGUAUAAGAUAUCAGCCCCGAACCCUGAAACUGAGGAAAAUGGUGAUGAUGAAUUAAAUUCUAAAUCAGUGAAGAUCAAGAGGGAUGCUACCAAGAGGGUCCUUAUUAAUAAAGCUCCGCCUAUUUUGACCAUUCAUCUUAAGAGGUUCAGCCAAGAUGCUCGGGGUCGCUUAAGUAAAUUGAAUGGCCAUGUUACUUUCAGAGAAAUAAUUUAUCUUAAACCAUCUAUGGAUGCCAGGCCCGUGAGGCUGAAAUUUCUGUACAGGGGAAAUUGGUAGAUCCCCAGCGCAAAAAGAGCAAAGCAAGUUUAUGGAAGCUUGAUGAGCAGCCUGAAUGGUUGAGGGGAGGAAAGCUGCGUGAUUAUCAGCUUGAGGGUCUGAAUUUUCUUGUUAAUAGUUGGCGAAAUGAUACUAAUGUUAUUUUAGCUGAUGAGAUGGGU